AUGAAUUCCCCAGCACUUCUCUCGGAGGUAUUCUCAUUGAAUGAUCCUGUUACUUCGGAGGGUGACUAUAUGAGCUCCCAUGUGACCGGGUUUGGAACGGACGAAGACGACAACAGCCAACGAGUCGGAGGUCUUGUCUCUAUGCCUGACACCAACGGCGUGAGGUACCACGCACAGCAGCCUGUGAUGCAGGAUUUACAAUAUUCGGGUUCGAGUGCUCUUGCAAUGACUCCACCAGACUCUUGUCCCGACUCAUUUUCGCCCACAUCUGGUCCCCUCUUCCCUCAUCUCUCUCGGCUUCAGCAUCCCUUUGAUAGAAUGGCAGACUAUCAACGGGUGCCAGCGCUUCAACCGCCGACCGGCAUGCCAUCCAAUAUGCAAAGUUCAGGACAUGCCUUGAACUCCAUUCCAGCACUCAUGGGACGCAAUAAUUCCUACGGUUCGUACGCUUUACAGCGCGGAAUCGGAAAUAUCGGCAUACCCUUGGGAGGAAUGAACGAUCUCUCCCGUAGCCAUGGAUAUCCUGGCACUCCUCGCGCUUUAGAUAGCGGGAUGGAUCGAUCUCAGAAUACUAUGUAUCAGCAACCGAUAGUGGAGUCCUCACCACGCUCACAACCCCAGGUUGAGGCUCCGCCCUUUGACGACACGACAGUUCUUCAUACAGUUGUGGCAGAGUUUGGUGGCCAAUAUCAGACAGUGAAACCAGACGUCCAAGCAAAAAUGGGUCGAGGGCCCUUUCCAGCUGAGGGCAAGUGGACUUGCUAUCGCCGCAAUUACUUUGCAGUGACCUGCGGCUUCGGUCUUCAUCCUUGGCCUCCCACUGCUCCCCUAUACAUCCGCUAUCCUGACCAGACCCUUGAACCAAUCCGUGGAUUUUCAAUGGCGAUUUCAGCUAUUGUGAACGGGCAAUAUGGAGAAACCCGAGAACUUGUUCAACACACCCCAAAGCGAGACAAGCAAUCCGAACGCAAACCAGGUCGUGUCGUUCUUCAGCCUGCACCGCCACCUUCAUUCACAGCAACCUCGUCAGUUAAUGGAAGUCUUUCCGGAUUCCCCCUUGGCUCGCAAUCUAUGGACUACAACCCUUCCUUCGCCGGGACACCUCAGCCGUGCCAGCCCCCAACUUCCCACGUAUUCGAACGCAUCCAAUUCCAGAAAGCGACUGCCAACAACGGCAAGCGCCGCGCUCAGCAACAAUAUUAUAAUCUGGUCGUUGAACUGUACGCUGAGGUUGCUAGCUCAGUUCCCGGUGAAACCGAGUGGGUACAGAUCGCCCGACGCCACUCCCACCCCCUGGUCGUCCGCGGACGUUCACCCGGUCACUACAAGGACGGACGCCGUGGCAGUACUGGCAGUAUGGGCCCGGAUGGGGCUGGUGGAGACAACACCUGCGGUGUUCUUCCUCACGGGCUGGGCCAAACGGGUCGUUCACACAUGCUCAUCGACAGUCCUCUCAUCUCCUCCUCUUCUUCUUCUGGGUUCGAGUACUCAAUGAUUGAUACCAUGGAUCCCAUGGAUACCAUCAAGUCCGACCUUUACCUCAAAUCAGAUCCCUAUCAGGAUAAUACCUAUACAGGGGUUCCUGGCCACCAACACCGCCAGUCUAGUAAUGGUGGAUACGACCCCGUUUACUCAACAACUUAUAGCCGUUACGAUCCUAUUCAGAAUUCGCAUAGUCUAUGCACUUAG